AUGUUAUUGCAAUAUCAAGUUAAGACAUUCGAGGACAAGUGUAUGGAAAUUUGUAUCGACGCAAUAACAAAAUGGCAAGAAGAAGCACAAUUAUUACGAGCUCUGGCGUUGCAUAUUGUGCCAAUACUGAUGGAAAUUCAAUGUGAUAUUGUCACAAGAACGAAGAAAUGUGUAAAAUUGCUGGAAAUGGUCGGAAAUGUCUGGAAAAAACCAUCGGACCGUGACAAUAUUGUGUCCUAUUAUGAAUUGCUGUAUGUUGUGUGUAUUGUCAUACCAAAGGCUCCACGUGAACUUAUUGGUGAUGUAAAGCUACAAACUUUUGUUUGUUUUGCAUUGCAGCACAAGGACGCUUUGUUGCGAAAACAGGGGCUACAUGUUUUAAAAAUGGCUUUUUCACAUUGUGCAUUGGUGUCGAAGCCGCAAAAGUUACAUUUGUUAGAACGAAGACAAGAGGAAGAGUGGCUGGAUACGUGGCAAACCUUUCUAACAGCAUCUGACGUGAUUCAAAUGCACCACGAACAACAUUUAAUAGAACAAGUUUGGCCACAUAUUGCAGGGCUUUUGACAAAAUACUUGAUUGUCAUUCAAAAUGUGUUGGAGCCACAGCUACAGGAAAAAAGUGACCAGUGGCCGGUGCGACUGACUUUUGACUGGAUGCAGAGUCUGUUAAUGCGGUUGUUUGCACAUGACAACCCUGUCGUAAAACGUCUUUUUAUUUCAAACUUUAUGGAAACCUGCGUUGGAGCUUGGCAGGUCUGGGAAGGACAGAUGAGUGUUUGUAAGAAUGUUGAUCGCGACACUUCCUUCGCAUGUACCUCUGCUUUCCAACGCUUUGUGCUCGACUACUUGCUGCGUGCCUGCAAUGACCCGGUUCUUUUUAAACACGCGCAUCGCACUCGUUUCCAGACUCUGGUGGCUGACUUUUUGGUAUCCUUUCUUGUUUUCCAACUUGCAGAGUAUGACCAGGUGCACGUGCUGGAUGAGUUUGUUGCUGCGGUGAAUGAAGCGAUUUUUGGCGAAGCAUCUAACAGCCAUUCACCGGAUGCUUUAUUGAGCAUGCUGCAAGUAUUCCAAUUCCCGCGUUUGAAAUGUGCUGCCUCCUCCGCGCCACCAAAGAUGCUGCUUAGUGAGGCAGCAGUUGACCAGCUGCGGUUUUUGGUCGAUGUUCAUGCAAUGCAAUCGUUUUCGCAAGCGACGCGAACUAAGAUGCUUCGUGCCCUGAGUCACGCUCUUGCCGGAGGCUUUAUUAGUGCGUCGACACUUUCGCUGUCAGCACUAGCACGUGUCCAUUGUGUCUUUCCUGUUUGUAGUUUGAUAGCUGACGAUGGCGAGAUAAUGUUGCAGCUUCUGGCGUGGAUGAAAGCUCCCACUGCCAUUGGCAAAUCGUCUAGCGCUUUGACAGCUCUGACAUCUGCACUUCAAGCAUACUUAAAUUGUGAAGCGAAAGGAAACUCAGAAGGAGCUUUGCUCAGUCCACCUCAACUGUCGAGGCUGCUGCUUUUUACAGCAGAAGUCAUACGCGAUUCGAAUGCUCAACCUACCGACAAACAUCUUGGACAUCAGAGCAAUGUGAAAGUCGUUAUCCGUACCCCACUGAGUGCAUUGCUGCCCACAAGUCUAGAUUUUGAAUUGCACAGUACUCUACUUGUGCUUUUUGUUGCCAAGUUUGAAGAGCAAAUCCAGGAACUUUUGGAUAGUUGCGCCUCACUCUCAUCGCAAAGUUUCACAUUUGUAUUCCAAUGCAAAGACUUCUAUUCCGGAAAAGUUAAUUGCUCAUAUCUUUUUCGCUCAGCCAUGAAAGUAGUCCGGCUUUGGUUGGAUAAGGUACCAUCACCAACGGACAUUGAUGUACUGGAAUGUGGAGAUCACGAAAGAGAAGACGCUAUGAAACUCGUGGAGUCCGCUGCGUUUCUUUUAUCUCGAAUGAGUACACACAAAAUGAACACUACAGGCGAGUUGAACGAAAUGUCUGCGUUGAAUGCUGUCUGUGAAGAGUUGAAACGAAUUGUGGCAGCGACUGCAAAUCACAGCUUAUAUGACUUGGCGUUAGCUACAAAGUGUUUGUCCAUCAUAGGGUCAAAUGCUACUGCUGUAGACUCUCUUCCUGCAUUUGAAAACGAACGCAUUCUCCCGCUUCUACUUGCUCUUGACACGAGUCGGCGGUACAGUGGGAAGCUUGAUGCAAAAUGUGCUAUUGGCUUGGCUACCAACAAGUGGGUUCUGCACUGCAACGUCAUGAGAUCAUCGUCGUUUAUUGACACAAAACUUUUGAAAACUACCUACGAUGCAUGUGUUGAGGCACUUCCUACGGCGGGGAUGGACCCUCUAGCUUUGAGUCAAAUGGUGAACGUAUUGUCGCUUACACUUUCACAAUUGGCCAGUCCGCUGGCAAACUGCCCAAAUGUCAUCGAGCAACUUGAUGGUUUGUUUGAGGGCAUCUGGAUGGCUUAUACCGACAGCAAAGCUAAACCUGAUUCGCUUACCCGAGCUGUUAUCACCUGCGUAUUUCAGCCGGCUUUUCUCCUACGUCACGAGCUUAAGGGAACAAUGAAGCACUGGAUUGCAAAGUUUAUUCACUUCGGCUCUCGACAUAGGCCUAAUGUGAUUUUCCACCUGGCUUGUCGCUUGUGCCAGACAUGGCGCGCACAGCCAGCAUCAGCUUUGUCUUUUGCCGAUGAACUUGUCGAACUACUGCUUUACAAAGAACCAGUGAUCGACGAAAAAGGCAGCUAUCACCGGACACUUGCACUCCGUUUCAGUGGUUCCAAGGAUUUAUACCAAUUAGCUACAGCAACGCCAAGACAGCGGCAAUCGAAAGCCAUGCUAAGGACCGAUUCGUGCGGCUGGUGGUGCUAA